AUGGUGACAGUCCAAAAGGAAGAGAUUUUCUUUUCACAAUUUAAACUUUUUGAGGAACAUCUUUCAUAUUUAACACCAUCUUUGUUGCUUGACUUUUUCAAUGCGUUCACCUCGUUUUUUACACUUGGUUCGUCAUUUUUUCAGGAAAACGUUUUUAUAACAAAUUUAUUGGAGACAAAAAAGACACAUGAGAACACCCCCGACUUUGUCUCUUAUGUCGGGAAAACUAUUAAAGAUAUUUUAGAAGAAGAACAUAAAACAGUUAAUGAGUUACCCAAAACGAUAGAUUCAAUCAUUUCAGUGUUAUACAAAAAGGGAUUUUUAAUUAAAGGAAUAUUUCGGGAAAGUCAAGUAGCUUCUAUCAGACAAGUUGAAGAAAUUUGUAUGAGACUUUCAGUGACCGAUUUUGAAAAUGUCAACGUGGAGGUUGUUGCUUUAGUUUUUAAAAAGUUUUUGCGAAAUCUACCUGUUAGAAUUUUCAAUAGAGAACAGACGGAGAUGAUGAUGAGCGUUUGGAAGAGUUUGAAUAACAAUUCAUCUUCUUUAGAAAUUGCUUUAAAAAAUUUAUUAAUAGUUAUUAAUAAACUUCCAGAAGAACACCAAUUAGUUUUCAAAAGUUCACUGAAACUAUGUUUUAAAAUUGCAAAAAAUAGUUUCAUCAACGCAAUGGAUGAGAAAAAUAUUUCGGUUUGUCUUGCAAACAAUUUCUUCACUUUCUUGCCCGUUGAUAAUAUGGAAAUUUACGAAAACGCAAUGACAGAGGAAAUUUCUAUAUGCAUCAAAUUCUUUCAGUUCUGUAUCACCAAUUUCCAGUUGAUGUUCCCUGACCAAAUCGACGAGAAUGUCAUUCAAAAUGUUAUUAACGAACAAAAUGAACUCUUGACACAACCCGUCAAAAUCCCAGAAAAACCAGAAACGCAGAAUAAGGAGUCUCCUAAAACAACAGAGUCAAUGGAAUUUAUUAAACCCGUUUUUAAAAAGACAGAGACACCACCGGAUGAUGCUGUGUUAAAAAAUUACGAGGAAUUUGAAAAAGCACAAAAGGGGGUGUCACAGUGUGGCGGGGCAAAUCGGAAACACAAGGUCUGUAACGAAAGUGGUGAAACAUUUACACUCAAAUCUCUUUCUGGCAAAACGAAAAUUGACGAAAACCAGGCAAUUGAAAACGGAACUGAAAAUGUGAAAAAAGUCAAUCUCAUCUUUUUCAAUCGAAAUGUUACUCCCCGAGACAACGUGACGGAAAAUUUAACAACACGAGAAAUUGUACAAAGAGAUGUUUUACACAGAAGUCCAAGAAAUUCAAUAAAUUUUAAUUUCGAAAAAAAAAAUGAAAAGGAAAAAGAAUGUGGGAUUGUGGUGGAACGAGAUAACACAAAGGCGGAAACAAUAAACAAACAAAAGAUUGAAAAAAAUGAUGAGGAUGAUGAAAGCAUUGAAAUGCCAACAAAAGUUCAAGCUUCAAUCAAAAUACCACAACAAGAUAAGAUGAAGAAGGAUAUUGAUGAAGAUAUCAGUUUUAAAGUAUUCAUAAAUACAGGUGGAAUACCAAAAUUAUGUGAGAAGUCAAACCCAAACUUUGAUGUGUAA